AUGGAAAGCAAUAGGACCUCCGUCACAGAGUUCAUCCUUCUGGGGUUUCCUGUUGGUCCACGGAUGCACUUGGUCCUCUUUGGCUUCUUCUCCCUGUUCUAUGUUUUCACUCUCUUGGGCAAUGGCGUUAUCCUGGGGUUCAUCUGCCUGGACCCCAGACUGCACACCCCUAUGUACUUCUUCCUCUCCCAUCUGGCUGUCGUGGACAUCGCCUACGCCUGCAACACGGUGCCCCAGAUGCUGGCCAACCUCCUGCACCCAGCCAAGCCCAUCUCCUUUGCUGGCUGCAUGGCGCAGACCUUUCUCUUCCUGACCUUUGCUAUCAUCGAAUGCCUCCUCCUGGUGGCCAUGUCCUAUGACCGCUACGUGGCCAUCUGCCACCCUCUGCGCUACACGCUCAUCAUGAGCUGGAGGGUGUGUGUCAGCCUGGCGACGACCUCCUGGGCUAUCGGCGUCCUCCUCUCCUUGGUUCAUUUAGGGUUACUUCUACCUCUACCCUUCUGUAGGCCCCAGGAAAUCAACCACUUUUUCUGCGAAAUCAUGGCUGUUCUCACCCUGGCCUGCGCAGAUACCCGCGUCAAUGAGAUCCUGGUUCUGGCCGGGGCGGUGUUCGUGCUGGUGGGGCCCUUCACCUCCAUCGUGGUCUCCUACGUGUGCAUCCUCGGGGCCAUUCUGAGGAUCCAGUCCGGGGAAGGGCAGAGGAAGGCCUUCUCCACCUGCUCCUCCCACCUCUGCGUGGUGGGGCUCUUCUACGGCACAGCCAUGAUCACGUACGUGGGACCCAGGUAUGGGAAGCCUCAGGAACAAAAGAAAUACCUCCUGCUCUUCCACAGCCUCUUCAACCCCAUGCUCAACCCGCUCAUCUACAGCCUCCGCAACGCAGAAGUGAAGAACAGCCUGAAGAGAGCGCUCAGAAUGCAGACCGAGUCCUAA